AUGGGCAAGCCUCGAGUGCGCGUCGUCGAAGGCUCCUGCUGGCCCUGCAAGAAGCGCCGCAUCAAGUGCGACCUCACCAAGCCCGUGUGCAUGCGAUGCGGCCUCGUCGGCGCAACAUGCGACUACAACACGCGCCUGAUCCGCUGGAGCACGCGGCCCGCCGUCGCCGUGCCGCCCAUGUACCGCGCCAUCAACCGCGACGAGCAGCUCGCGGCGUCGCUGGCCGUCUACGAGAAGCGCGCGCUCGACUACUUCCACGGCCGCUUCUGGCCGCUGAUGACGACGGCCGCGGAGCCAUGUACCGCGCCCAUCUUGGUGGCGCUGGAGCAUCGCGUGGUGCUGCUGGCGACGUGCGUGCUGGCCGAUGCCCAUCGCUGGCUGCAGGACGGCCGCAACAGCCGCAGCAUCUUGAACGUGAAGCGGCUCGAAUGCCUCGCGGCGCUGCGGGUCGAGGUGGACGGCUUCUGUGCCAAGGGCGACGGCCCGCUGCAGACGCUGCUGUUCGCCGUGCUGCUCCUGUAUUUCCACGAUGGCUUCCUCGAGUGUGUUGAAGCAUCGGCGUCCACAUCCAGCCAUCGUGACGGAGUCCUCGCCAUAGUCGACCGGCUCGGCGGCAUCACAGCAGCCCUCGACACCGGACAGGAUCCGCUGCACUUGCUGCUCACCGAGUUCCUGUCGGCCGACCUCGGAUCAGCAAUACUCAAGGGCCGCCCGCCGGCGUUUCCUCCAACCGUCUGGGAAUCCAUCGACAACGGCCCGGUCUGGUGGGGUCAAGACUCCUUCGGACGGCACUCCCUCUCGGCCGUGUUCCGCGAACUCGCCAGCAUGGCCUUUUACCUCGAUGCCACAAGCACCAUGCAAGAAGAGUUCUCGAUUUCUCGAAUCCGGCAGUUUGAAGCUGCCCUGCAACCCUUGUAUGCGCCGCUCGCUGUGGAAGACCUCGAUAGCCCGUUGGCUGACCCCGAAGACCCCGGUGAGAAAGACCUAGAGGCAACUCACGCCUAUGCCUUGAUACGAGCUUUUCAACACGGCGCCCUCAUCUAUCUGUACAGGGCCAUCUGCGGCCUUGCCAUCCACCACCCCCUCGUCCAACAACACACCCAAUCAUGCCUGGAUUGCAUCUUUGGAAUCAAACGGCCGUCAAAGGUCUUGAACUGCAUCCUCCUGCCGCUCUGUAUCGCGGGUGCCCAUGCACAAUCCCCCAAGCAACAAAAAGGGGUCCGUAACAUGGUGAGCAUCAUACACGAUGAGAUCCGUUUUGCAUCCAUCCAAUCGCUGAGUGUAGCGCUGGAAGGGAUAUGGAAGAUGGAUGUUCCCAAUGUGACAUGGGCAGAAAUGUUUGCCGAAUUAAAUCCUGAAGCCAUCAUUCUAUAA